CUUGCCAUUGUACCUCUCCAUCACCUCUCAUAAUCCUCGAGAUGGGUCCCACCAAACCAACUCUCCGUCCAUUGACGACUCCUAAGAGCAUGGUCUUUCCAUCCGAGCUCCGCGAGCGAACCUUCACCACAUGCCUUGACCCAGACAGGUCAUCGUCCAUCGUGGGAAAAGGAACCAGCAGCACCGAAGACAACGAGGCCUCUAUCACUCCUCCACCAGCAUACACAGACUUCGUGAACACCUUCAGUCCUAUCUUCUCCAGUCCCACAACAUCCCGAGCCAACUUCUACAAGUACAUGGUCGACAAGCCCCGUCACUCCCCCACUUCCACCACCCCCUCCAGCACCACGUCAACCUACUUCCCGAGUGGCCAGCCACCGAAGAACAACAGCACCACUGCGGUCGUCCCUCAUCCUACACAUGGUCAACGUAUGCGUCUACCACCGCCGUAUGUCUGCACACCGGUGUCCGACUCCCCGAGGAGUGCACACCCCCUCCACUCUCCUUUCACCUCAUCGGAGUAUAGAGGUCGUCCCUUCGAGUCUCCGGUCAGUGAGGCGGGAAACUCUUUCAGUGUUCGACACGUGGUGACCACGACCAUCACGUAUAAGCGGGCUCCUCAGCUUGACGCACCGCCGCUGGGCAAGAAGAGAAAGAAUCUCAAGCGUCGUAACACUUGAUGCUUCCAUCUUGGUGCCAUGUUUGACUGGAUAUCAAGUCAAUCCUCCAUAUCUACCAUCUACUAUAUCUCCUUGUGUCACGAGUGCAAUGUACAUGCUCCAUCACGUCUAGUUUUGUCAUGCUUCACAUCUUGUUAUUUAUGUUCAUUCCUCUGCUACAUUUUACCUGCAAAUGGGAUAUGCGACACGGGAGUCGGAGUUCAUGUCUAUUUUCGUCACUGCUACGUUCUCUAUUUCCGGGAUCUUUCCAUUCUAUUUAUGUACUCUCACGUCAGUUUAGUUAAUAACCCA